GGUCAGUUUGAGGCGGGAAAAACCGAGGAAUCCUGCUCAGUGUUCACAGGAAGUCAACCAUAUCCUCCGGACUCUUUCAAGAAUAGCACACAACGAAAAUAAACACUCCGCACAAAAAUUGUUGGCAUAUGCAAUAGAAGUGAACAACGGUGCAAACAUUACAGUUGUACGUGGGAUAUAUCGUAGAUAACGUGCUUAUUUUGGUGCAUGCAUACGUGGCAUGGGGCUUCGUGCGGUGUUACAUGAUACCUCAGCCGUGUCCAGUCCCGGUCCCACUACUGAAGCACAGACCACACGAAAAUUCAAACCACGCAAGCUAGCCAUUUCUACCGUCCUUCGCCGCGGUCUCUAGCUUUAAAUUUGUAACGUUAACCCUUAACACAGAGAGUGAUACGGCUGUUAGCAGUUAGGGGGAAGAGAUCUGUAAGGAAUAAAAUACGAUUCAAGAGAGAGCAGUCCUCGCGCGAGCAAAAAUUUGGCCAAGUUUCAACGAAAUGCACGUCCGAUGAAGCGCAGAGUUUCAGUGCUGCUGACCCAUUGAAUAUGACAUCAGCCUUGGGUGAUAGAAAACCUACUGCGAAAGAUCAAGGAAUUGCUGACUAGAUCAGAUCGCAGAAAGAACCAUGUCUUCUCCUGACAAUGUGGAUGGUGCAGAAGAGGGAAGUGUGCCCAUAAAUGGACAAAAGGAUGAUGACAGCAGUCAGGAGGCUCAAGAGAACAGUAAAGGAAGCACAGAUGUAGCUGACGAUGUUGAAACUAAAAGCAGAGAGGAUGACACAAUCACAGAAAAUUCAUUGGUACCCAAAGAUGAUGGCACUGAGGUUAAAGAAACAUUGGCAACCAAUGAUUUACCAAGUGAUACAGCACAGGAAGCUAUUGUUCAGACCGAGGAACAGGUGAGAGAGAAGAUGCCGUCUUCUUCCACACCUGCAGCCUCUGAAACAGACUCUACAAAGUUAGAGAAACAUGUAGAAGAGAAACCAAAACCCUCUGAAGACGAGGAAAAGGCAAAAGUUUCAGAUGCUGGUGGAGAAACAAGAACUGCUGCUAGUGAUAACGUAGGUGGAGAAGAAAAACACAAUAUACCAGGUGAUGGAGAUGAAGGAAAAUCAACUGAAGAAAUGAGUAAUAAAGAAACAGAACAAGAGAACGUUGCCACUGUAGAAAGAACUAACAUUACAGCACAAGAUAACAACAUUGAUGAGACUGCAGUAACCAGUGAUGAUGUUGUAGAGAAGACAAAAGAUGACAAUGCAAAAGCAGAAGUGGACAUUCAACAAAACACAGUCAAACAAGAAGAGGUUGUCAUAGCCGAAUCUGGGCAAGCAAAGGACCAACAAGAGGCCGAACAAGCCAUAAGUCAAACCAUUAGUGAAACUAUUUCUGAACAUUUAGACUCUGCCAGGGGACCAGCUAAUGUGGAAGUGCAGGAACCAUCUGAAGAGCAAAAAACUUAUAUUGAAGGUCAAUCAGAUGUUGAGAAAGGAACUACGGCAAUAACAAGUGAAACUGCCACAGCAAAAGAAGCUGAAAGUCAACCAGAGUCUGCAAAUGCAGAAGACAAAGAAACUACUGAAAAACCUGAAGUAGACUCAGAUAAUAGGGAGGUAAUGUCCAAGCCUGAUACAAGUACUUCAGAGGAGAGAAAAACAGAUGACCAACCGGAGGUAUCUCAACGACCACAGACAGGUGAAAAUGAACAGAAAGAAGCAGAUGAAAAAUCUGUUUCCCCAACAACAGUUGGUAGCGAAGAGCUCGUAAAUGUAGCUGACAACCAGUCGUGCCCACAGACAAGCGAUGCAAACAACUUUCUCUCCCCAUCUCAGAGCUUUCCCCCGCAGAGUGUCAGCCCUCGGUUAGAGUCUGGCCUGGACACAGCGUUACCGGACGAUCCCCAAACUGGUCGAGCAGAGUCUGCCAUGACAGAUAGCAGCUUUUUCUCAGUGACUCCCUUCGACAUGAGACCGUACGUUCCCACCCCCACUCCGGACAUCAUACAAGACUACAAGAUCCCCACCCCAGAGGUGGCCACCACCCCUGCCCUGAGUGAAGAGAUGAGUCGACAGCUCAGAAGGAGUUCAGAAAUGCUGUCGUCUAGGGAAAGUGAACGGGCGGCGCUGGACAGUCAAGGUGCCAGGAACUUUGAUCUGACUGGAGAGGGUAUUGAUGAAGAAGAAGAGGAGGUGGAGAUAACAGAGGGACAGCACAAUGUGUCUCCUGAGCCAUCAGAGGUGUUCACGACAGCGGUGAGUGAGGAGACGAUACAGGAAGCCAUGGGGAGGCAGCACCAGCAGGUGGGGGAGGGGGUGCUGGGCAUGUGGGGACACCUGUCGAAAGAACCGUUUGGAGACGUUAUCGGGACCAAGUCUCUGGAGCAUUACUACCGGGGAAUCCAAUGUGCCAAGGACGGGAAGUUUGAAGACGCUCUCGUGGAUUUUUCCAAAGCCAUUAACCUCCGACCACAAGAUGCAGAUGCUUACGUACAGCGGGGUGAAAUCUACUUAUGGAUGUGCGACUUCCAGUCCGCCAUCUUAAACUACAAGAAAGCCUGCACCAUCAGAAUUAACUCUUCAGAGCUAUACUCCAGGCUUGCCUUUAUUUACUAUUUCCAGGGUCAGACAUUUUUCGACCAACAGUUGUAUGCAGAGGCACUGGAAUCUUUCACCAGAGCAGCUGAGAUCAGACCAGAUGUCAUAGGCUACCACACCAGAAGUGUUGCAUGUCUGGCUGCCCUGCAUCGCUAUGGGGAGUGUUUGGCACUUGUCAAUCAAAGACUGGAGGAGGAACGUGACAAUGCUGACCUGUACAUCAUGAGAGCAAGGCUGCACGAGCUCUUCAGAAAUUCCACACUGUGUUACUAUGAUGUGAAGGAUGCCCUGUCUCUGGAUCCGGAGCAGCCUGAGGCCCAGGCUAUGUUGGCAAAGCUGGAAAGGAAGGCUGAGGACUAUCACAACCACGCCUGUCAGCUGUCAAUCAACGGCAAGAGCAACGAGGCCCUGCAGAAAAUCUCCAUGGCGAUUGAGACUAACCCGUCCAUCCCAGAGUUCCAUGUCCUAAGAGGUGCGACUCAUCGUCGUCUGGGAGACUUCAACUCCGCCAUCGAUGACUACCUCCUGGCACUGGACAAGACUGACCACAAUGAGCAGGACCCCACGUACAUGGAGGGCCAGCGACAACUGCUCCUGACGUACAAUGACUUUGCUGUGGAGUGUUUCCAGAAGGGGUUCUAUGACGAGGCUAUAAUUCUGUUGAACAAGGCUAUCAAAGGAGAAAAGAGGGAGAAAGGCCUGUAUAUCAACAGAGGAGAUUGUUUCUUCAGACAAGGGGAUCUCCAUUUUGCCUUGGCCGACUAUCACCAGGCCCUGGAGCUGGACCCUGAGGACUGGGCAGUCAGGUCCAGGAUAGCCGUGGUUCACAGCGAGUUUGGUGUGCUGGACUAUGAAGAAAGGAACUACCAGGAGUCAGAGACCCGUUUCAGUCUUGCCAUUCAGAACAACCCGAAGGUCGCCCGUUUCUACGUCUACAGGGCACGGGCCAGGUACAUGAUGGAGAACAUACGCGGGGCGCGAGAAGACAUCCUGAUGUCGCUGCACCUGGAUCCCAGCAGCGACGAGAUACUGUCCAUCCUGUCACGCCUGUUCCCGGGGAAGAGCGUGGGGGAGGUGAUGAAGAGCAAAGCUGCGAAAGCCGCCAAGCUGACGCUGGACCAGAUGCUGUACAUGGCUGCAGCUCCGUCACACAGACUGCCUCCUGUGGACAGAAGCCACUCUGCUCCUGAGCUGUCUCUGGCUGUGGACUCCUCAGAAGACAUGACAGACAAGGGUACACAGGUGUCUGAAGAACCUUAUGUGAUAAAAGAUAUGCCAAAGAAGAAGAAGGCCACCAUCAAAGGCCCCUUCCCUGCAUCAAAAGCCAAGAGGCCCCCCAUCCUUCCAGACCUGAAAAUGUGCAUGGAAGAGAGAGACUUUCACUUGCAGAUUGCAAAGGGCAAGAAGAAGAUAACUAUUGGACUGAAGAAAGUCUUGAAGGAAAGGAAGCCCCUGAAGUACAAGGGUGCCCGUUUAAGACGUCUUCCCCCUCCAACAAGGACCAAGAGUGCAGAGAGCGAUGAACCUUCCGUGUCCCAGUGGAGAAAUAUCCAGCCCAAAGUCGGCCUGGGUCUACUAGAUGGAUAAAAAACACAAGAACAGCUAAUUGACUUAAAAGUUGUUUUAAAGAGAUUGGUUUUGUACAGUUGUAUAGGCCCAAAACUACAAACAAAUGCCAGUAGUGCCAUAAUUUGAAUGGCAAUUGUUAGGUCCUCCAGAGCUGCUACAGUAAAGGAUGAGGGCACUAUUAGCAUUCAAUAUUCUGAUGAACAAUAAUAUAUACUAGUGUUUCCCUGCUACUUAUAAUUUCCAACAAGCAGAAGACAGAUUAUUUGAGUGUUUGAAAAUGUAGAAUAAUUUUUGCACUUUCCUAAUCAUAUAUGUGGUAUGCCAUUAAUACCUCAACUAUCACAAUUAGUGGGACACAAAAUUGACAUAUCAUUUUGUUGAUGUAACUAAUAUUAUGUACAUGACUGUUGAAUAGCACUAAGUGUCCAAUUAUCUUUUAUGAUGUGAAUAUUUCUGGCUUUAAGCCUUGUGCUGGUAAGAAUUUUAAGUUACAGCAUGUAACAUACAUGUAUGACUGUAUAUUGUUAUAUAUUGUGUAUGUCUGAUAUUAGCUACCAUGUUGUCAUUGUCAGAUACUUUCAAAUGGCCACUGGCUGUUGCUUUCAUUGAAUAAAACUCUAACUUUCCCUAUACUACGAGUAUUCUGUUUUAACAUUAGACAAUUACUUACUUUGUAAAGUCAUCUCACAGUCUUUCCAGAGACACAUUUUACAAAACAUUCCUAAAAUCACCAUAGCUUUAUUUCAUGGGUUUGAUUGACCAGGCCAGGGUAGCCAGACAUCACUCAAAGGCUGCUAAAAAGGCUAGCCCUGGUAGCAAGUACAGACUGAGGAUCUCCUUAAAUUACAUGAACAUGAACUCGUCUAUUAAAAGACUGAGAGAUAGGUUUUACGUUAAGUCCAUGUUGUGGAUACUGACAUUGCUUAUUUUUGUAAUAAUCAAUCCUUAAGUACUAUCAUUAGUUAAUCAUAUGCUGCAGCAUACUUUGAAUUACAUUACAUGAUCAAUUCUGCAUCAAUAAAUGGUUGAAUGAAUGAUUUUCAAAGCAACAUUUUGAUAAAUUACAAGUAUAUUACCUUUCCAUUGAUAAUCACAAAAGGACUGCAACUUAUUAUGUUACGUGACCAAUUCAAAAUCAAUAAAAUAAUUAAAAUCUUAAAGCAAUAUUUGGAUAUAUCAUAAACCUUUCGUAUGGAGCAGCUUUUCUUCCCAAAUCCUAGAUAUUGCAACAGACCUAAGAAUCUGUUCGUUACAGUAACACAUCAGUAGUUCCUGUAUUGAUUCCAAAAUACUGACAGUUGAAUAGAGUUCAUACGUAGCAGCACAAUUUAGAUAAUCUACACCCAUCUUCACAUUGUCUUGGCAUCAUCACGGUACAGCUUGUACAACACCAAAAGUGUAAGUGCCUAGUCUUUAGCCAUCUAACUUUCUUCCAUACAUUUUUAGAUAGAAGGCCCUGUUGACAUUAGAUUUUACCAGGUUAAAACAUUAAGCACUUGUAGUUCAGAAUCAUGUAAUGUUUCUGACUACAUGUACAUUCUUUCCCUUUUGUUACAGUUGGCAACUAGAAUUGUGUGGUCACUUAUAAUGUAUGUAAAUCUCUCUUAUAUAUCUCGCGUUCAAAAUGAAAAUAAUCAUCAGAAUAGCAACAUCUUUGUUCCCUCCUUUGUUCCAUUGCUAGUUAUCUAUACAUUGAGAUUUCCUUACAGUUGAUCAAUUUUCGUUGAUGAUAUUUUUGAUCAUGAAGUACUGAGACAUAUUUCUGUUACCAAAUACAUUCAUUUUCUCUACCCAAAAUCAUCAAAAUCUAAACAGAAAAAAAGCAAGUGGACUUCAUACCACCUUAAAAACUAUCCUUUCCUUUUACCUCUAAAGAGCAGCUAAGAAUUCCGUCGACUUCAUGUGACAUUGCACCUUGUUCAAAAAAUCAAGACAUUAAGUAUCAUUUGAUAGUCCUCAACUAAUGUCUAAACAUAGAAAACAACAUCUUAUGUAUGAAAAUUUAAACUAUUUUCAGCAAAUUUUCACUACAUCUAGUAUGUCAUUAUCAUUCUGACAAUAAUCAUCUAUGAAUGAAGUGCACAUAUGAUGCGGUAGGAAGAUAUGAAUACAAUCUGAAUGAUUCUGUUAAUACAUCAUUCCUUCAAGAAAUAGUGCAAAUCUGCAACAUACAGUCAGUCUACAGAGUAGUGUGUGCCUGAGAUAAACACACUCGGAAAGUCCUGUGCAACAAGAAGAGAAGUAACUUAACUCUAUAAUGUAACGGCAGUGCAGCUAACAUCAACUGCAGCUUAACAUAUCAUACACUGUUGUAUCAUUUCUUUAAAGAAUUAAGUGUAUUGAAGUUUUGACUUUCCUAUAUAAAGGUUGUCAUGUCUAACAAUCAGAUGUAUUUUUCUUAAGACUCAUUGUAAAAGUCAAACAUCUGCUCCUCAAUUGAUACUAGUUUCACUCCCUCAAGAUUCUUGAAUCAACCUCACAUUAAAUCAUUAGCAUGUCUUGCUAGUUAGUAUCACUCAUGUACAAGCUUUAAUCAUUCUAUCUUCUAUCAAAAAUCUGGUUGAAUCAUCUUAAAUAUUGACACAACUUUUCUGUGCUGCUUUUCUUUCUUUCUCAUAUUUUUACCAAGUAUUCACAUGUAUCUACAAAUCUACACUGUACAAUCUGAAGUGCUAUUGCCAUACUGGAGUAGCAACAUAUCAGGUAUUGCAUUGGUACUGCAUUGCUUUAAAUUAAACUGCGCACAUCCAAACAAAUGGAAUGGUUGUUUAUACAUCUAUUAGGCUCAGCAGCAAAUUUGAAAUUUGGUCUCAUCUACCAAAGAAUGUAAUAAGAAUUUGGAUCCCUGAAGAAAUAAGAUAUGAUACUAACCUAAGAAGUUGACAAUGAUGUCAACCAACAAAUCUUGCAAGUAAAGAGCAGCAAUCAUUCAACAUCGGACAUAAGCAUGCAGCUACACCAAACCAAAUGUCCAUAGCAAAGUAGAAAAUCUAGAAA